UUACUAAGUCAUUUUUUUUGCGUAAUCGUAAUCAUUUUUUUGUAUCUCGCGUUCAUCAUAUAUAUUUAUCACUGCAUUUAUCUACGCGUUCAUCGCCGCGCAACGUUUCGUAGACAACGUUUUCGAAUGAUAAUAUUUCGCAGCGUAAUGCUCGCACUGUUCGCUCUCAUUUUCACCGUUUUGCGCACUUCUCUUCGUCACAUCUCGACCUCUGUCACUCUAUGUACUAUCUUCAUAGACUGCCGAUAGAUAUCACACUUUUACAAAAGAACCUGUCGUCGUUUUCUGCGCGACAGUUCGUUGUUGGUCUCAGCACGCGUGUGGAAAAUCCGCUCACGAUAUUUGGUCAUCAUCCCUCCCUGUCUACCCUUACUCCACGUAUCUCAAACAGAUAAUUGCGAGCGAAAAGUAAAGAACAGAGUGAGAAGCCGAUGUUAUUUUAAAACAUGAGAAAUUACGCGCUGAUGCACGCAGUCGUGCUCCUCUCGAUCGAGGGUAUGCUGCUGUGCUGUUUUAUCGCCACGUUCGAAUACGCGCCGGAGGCGAAUGCGACUAACAGGGAUAAUACCUACGCGUCCAGUCUCAACGGGCACGCGAAAAGACUGCCGAUCACGUACGCACUGUAUCAAGAUGUCCACGUGAUGAUCUGGGUCGGCUUCGGCUUCCUCAUGACGUUCCUCAAGCGCUACGGUCAGAGCGCGACUGGACUGACCUUCCUCGCUGGCGCCGUGCUUGUCCAAGUGGCUUUGAUCUGCAACGGCGUGACGGAGAUCUUGACAGGCACCAAGGCUUAUCUCUCGUUGGAAAGCCUCCUCGACGCGGACGUCGCCGUCGCCGCGCCUCUCAUUUCGAUGGGAGCGGUCCUGGGGAAGACGACUUAUAUGCAGCUAAUAUUCAUGGGAAUCGCCGAGCUGAUCAUGUUCAGCGUCAACAAGUACGUGGGCGAGGAACUGUUCAUGGCAGUCGACGCCGGCGACAGUAUGUUCGUGCACGUAUUCGGCGCGUACUUCGGGCUGGCGGUUAGCUACGUGUUCGGAACAAAGAGGGAGCCGAAGGAGCAUGAACUCGAGGGUGCGUCUUACCACUCGGACAUAUUCGCCAUGAUCGGCACGCUAUUCUUAUGGCUGUUUUGGCCGUCGUUCAACAGCGCGGGUUUGACGGGCGCCGAUCAGCAACGCGCGAUAAUCAACACCCUGCUGUCGAUAUCCGCCAGCUGCGUGACCGCGUUCGCCGUGUCCGCGUUGGUCUCUAACAACAUGAAGUUCAACAUGGUGCACGUGCAAAACUCGACGCUCGCCGGCGGCGUCGCCAUCGGCACGGCCGCAGGUAUGAUGUGCGAAGGUGUUGGUGCUUUGGCCGUCGGAGCUGUGUCCGGAAUUAUCAGCGUGCUGGGAUACAAAUUCCUCACGCCGAUGAUACAGAAGCACAUGCGGAUCCACGACACUUGCGGGGUGCACAACUUACACGGGAUGCCCGGCGUGCUGGCGGGACUUUUCGGCGCUCUCAUGGCGGUCAUUGCGACCGAAGCCGUUUACGACUAUUCCCUGUACAACGUCUUCCGGGCGCGAGCACCUAGCUCGGGGCAGAAAUACGCCGAGCUGCGAGACACGAUGCACGAUAUAUCGCCGGGAUACGAUCGGACGGCAUAUCAGCAAGCGGGAUUUCAAUUACUGGCACUGGUGGUCACCCUGGGAAUCUCCAUCGUUUCCGGAUUAAUAACAGGUCAUCUCAUGCACGUGUCGGUUUGCGGCUCAAUCCCGGAGGAUGAGAAAUUCGACGAUAAGGCGAUCUGGGAUCUGGAAGAAGAGACUUUCCCGUCCGGUAACAAUCGCGCGGACACCCAGAUACCGAUGGGCCACAUGUAAUCGCGAACGCGCAUCCUACAUGAAUUGUUCGGCCACAAUGAUGGCCUCAUUGUUAAACGAUCCACCGGCGAUCCCCGCGCACUGAACAAAGCGCUGCUGACAUUGAUAUUUGGUCGUUAAACGAAGAGCUUGUCGAUCCCACAGCCCUUCAUCUUCGUACCGGCCGAGUAGAAAAACGUCUCACAUAUCAAUGUCUUACAUCAAGGGCAAUUCGCUUUUACGGAGUUACAUGGAUUUCCCAAACAAGUGGCCUCUCUUUUCGACCAAAUUAUCGCGAUGGAAAAAUAGAUAGAGUUUAUUAAAAAUAUAUUAUAGUGGAAUGUUAUGUGUGUUAUAUUAUAUUUGAGAGAAACAAACUUAAUAUAAUAUAUUUGUGUUUUAUUUGAAUACUUUAUGAAACGAGCGGCACAAUAAUUCCGCGAUACAAACAUAAAUGAAAUGAUAGAUUGAUUACAUUAGGAGAUUUUAUCGGUUAUAUUUGGAGAUUUUUGUUUGAAGCUUGUAAAAUUAAAUGGUAGGUUACACCA